AUGAACGAGGCACUUGCUGUUUUGCUAGAGAAAGCAUUUAUGGUUAAGAAAAUGGGUAGAAAUGCGCAAAAUAUGAUGGGAAAACAGAUUGGGAAGACAGCUGGUUGUUCUUUGGACGAGAGAGUUCUUUCAUCAUGCCUUCAUCGUUUGGGAAGUGUGUUUGUGUGUUUUAUUUUGGCACAGAGUGUAAUUGCAGUAUACACAGACAAAGACAAGAGUGAAAGAGAAGUUAUACUAACAAGCACAAUUCUUAAUGCAGAAAACGUCACAUUGGGACCACAAGCUAAGGGCUCACAGGAAGUCUUCGGUGUUGCCCACAUCUACGCUUCGACUAACGACACAUUUGUGCACGUUACCGAUAUGUCAGGAAGAGAGACUAUCGCCAGAGCUACUGGUGGUAUGAAGGUGAAGGCAGACAGAGAUGAGUCUACUCCUUACGCCGCUAUGUUGGCCGCACAGGAUGUUGCUCAGAAAUGCAGAGAGGUUGGAAUUACCGCCGUCCACAUCAAGAUGAGAGGUACUGGUGGUACCAAGACCAAAACUCCAGGUCCAGGUGCUCAGGCUGCUUUGAGAGCCUUGGCCAGAUCCGGAUUGAAGAUUGGAAGAAUUGAGGAUGUUACUCCUAUUCCAUCUGACUCCACCAGGAAGAAAGGUGGUAGAAGAGGUAGAAGAUUGUGA